GUGUGUAGGGUUUGUUUACCAUGGCGGCUUUGGCAAAGGCUACCAUUGUUGUUUUCUGUGUGAUGGCCCUCAUUGAUGUCUGCUUUGGUGCCUUUUACAAGGUUGGUGAUUCUCUGGGGUGGACUAAUGAAACCAAGACUGUUGAUUAUUACAAGGAUUGGGCUUCUAACAAGACCUUCUAUGUUGGGGACUCUUUUUAUUUUGAGUACGACCAAAAACAGAACGACGUGAUGGAAGUUAGCCGCGAAGAUUUCCAUGCAUGCAACCCAAAAUCUCCAUUGAACAUAUACGAGAGUGGCAGAGACACCAUCAAAAUGUGGAAGCAAAGCCACGUCUUCUACAUUUGCACCAAGAAAGGCCACUGCCAAGCCGGCCAAAAGGUUGACAUUAGGGUCGUCGAUCCCCCACCACCCACGGCCACCCCAACUCCUCCUUCACCUAGCCCUAGUUCCACUCCACCUACUCCUGAUCAACCUUUGCAUUCUUCUCCGCCGGUGGCAGCGGCGCCUGGCCCAUCUAAAGAUGGUGCUCCCGAUCAGCCAUUGAAUUCCUCUCCGCCGGUGGCAGCGGCGCCUGGCCCCUCUAAAAACAGUGCUCCCUUGUUCCUAUCAUCCAAGGGCUUGCAGCUUUUGACGGCUUUGGGUUUCCUAGCAUAUAAUUUUUAGGAUGCAUUUGUGUAUGGGAUUCUACUUCACCUAGACUUUGCAUGAUAUUAUGCCUUCUGAUACUCAAUU